AUGGGUAUAGUUGUGGAUAGACUGAAGGGUCGCAAACCGUCUCAAGUCGUGGACGACCUUCGUCCUGUUGAAGAUAAUGACAAUGUAGCAGCAGAGUCAGAGAAAAAUGCGCCAAACCAGAGCAAGGAGGUUGAGCAGCACCCAGAUGAAAUUACCAAGGAAGCUCAGAUGGGUGUUCAAAAGGCCGAGGCCGUUGCACUGGUCUGGAAUAAGAAGGCAGUCUAUAUCACCUAUGGAUGGAUCUGGAUUUGCUACUUUAUGCUUUCCUUCCACGAGUACAUCGGCACAAACGUAAUUUACUAUGCCUACUCAAACUUCAACUCCGCACCACAGAUUACAACCGCCAUGAUCCUCGCAACUAUUGUAGGUGGUGUCCUCAAACUACCCAUUGGUAAAAUGCUCGGUCUUUGGGGCCGCGCCGAAGGUCUGAUGGUCUUCCUUGGUGUGUACAUCAUCGGCAUGAUCCUCCUCGCCUCUUGCACGGGCCCAAAUUCCUUUGCUGCGGGCUACGUUUUCUACUGGGUUGGAUUUGAUGCUAUUUAUCUCAUCUUGGAGAUCUUUAUCGCCGAUACAGCGGGUAUGCGGAAUCGUGCUUUCGCUUUCGGCUUCUCCACUACGCCUUAUAUCUGUACCGCUUUUACAGGUCCUCUGGCUGCAAGCUCAUUCCUCAAAACUGGAGGCUGGAGAUGGGCUUAUGGCGCUUUUUGCAUUAUUCAGCCUGUUGUCUUUGCACCUUUGAUUAUGACUUUCAAGUACUAUGAGAAUAAGGCAAGGAAGCAAGGGCUCUUGGUACGAGAGAAAAGUGGCCGAACCUUGCUACAGUCUAUUAUCCACUAUAUUCACGAAUUCGAUGUUAUUGGAGCCUUGAUUUUAAUGGCUGCUUUUAUUCUCUUCUUACUGCCUUUCAGUCUCGCAUCAUACGGCCGUGCACAGUACAAGGAUGCCUCAUUUAUUGCUGAGGUAGUUGUUGGAUUCUUGUUGUUCUUCGUAUUCGCAGCAUGGGAGAAGUGGUUUGCGCGCAAGCAUUUCAUCCCUUACUACUUUCUCCGCGACCGCACUAUUCUCGGCGCAUGUUGUGUGUCGGCAAUCCUCUAUUUCAGCUUCUACUGCUGGGACAGUUACUUUUACUACUUCAUCAUGGUAGUCUACAACCUCGAUGUGAAACUGACAGGAUACGUGACGGCCAUCUACACCAUCGGCUCAUGUUUCUGGUCUCCCAUCUUUGGAUUCUGGAUCCGCUGGGUAAAGGAAUUCAAGUAUACCUGCCUCUUCUUUGCCGUUCCUCUCAUGUUCUUGGGUGCAGGCCUGAUGAUCCACUUCCGUGGUCAAGAUUCAGAUCUUGGUUACGUGAUUAUGUGUCAAAUUUUCAUCGCCUUCUCAGGUGGAAUGUUGGUUAUUGGUGAAGAAAUGGCUGGUAUGUGUGCUUCUGAUCGUGAUAAUAUCCCCAUCAUUCUAUCCAUGAUUGGUCUGUUCUCAAGUGUUGGUGGUGCUAUCGGAUACGCUGUUGCUGCUGCCAUCUACACCAACACCUUUCCUCAGGGGCUGCGACAAGCACUUCCAGCAAGUGCUCAAGCCGAUUGGCAGACUAUUUACCUGGGUGGUUACUCCUCGCAGCUGGGAUAUGCCCCUGGAACGGAUGUACGUGAUGCGAUCAACUUUGCGUGGGGUUAUACGCAAAAGUACGAAUCCAUCGCAGCUACCUGUUUGAUUGUUUUGUUGAUCCCCUCAAUCUUGGCUUGGAGGCAUUAUCGGGUGGAUAAGGAGCAGAACAAGGGUGUGACGAUGUAA